AAUAACCCUGCGCUAUCUCUUUUAUUAUAGUGUCUAGUGCUUGCAGUGUACCAUGCCUAUUCUCGUAACAGAUUACGACUGGCGACAAACAGAAGCUGUUGUCAUUAUCAAAGUUCGUCUUAGAAACGUAAACUCCAAAAACGUAGACAUUUUUACACUGGACAAAUAUAUAAAGGCACAUUAUCCUCCAUUUCUCUUUGAAGUUUUCUUGUGGGCACCUGUGAAAAACUCUGAAAGCAAUUGCACCUUGACCAAUACAGAGAUCAUUUUUGAGCUACAGAAAUUGGAACAUAAAAUCUGGGAAAGUUUGGAAGCAUCAGUUACUAAAGAAGAGAAACAGAAACUUCGGCAACAGUAUGUUACUGAAGCUCUUGAAAUUGCAGAAAAAGAAAAAGAAAGAAAUUCUAAGAAAAGACAUGACUUGCAACAGUUAGCGGUAAGACAACAAAUAGCUCUUGAUACACAAGAACGAACAAAAAUUGAAGAAAUAAAAAAUAAUGAAAGAACCAUAGCUAUGAAGGACCUACAACAGUGGAAAGAUUCUGCAAGUAUGGAUGCUGAAGAUUUUGCAAGUAAGAAAAAACAGUUGAACAGUGUAAAAGAAUGGUCUACUAAACAAAAGAUUUUUGUAAAAGGUGAAAGCAAAGAUAAAAAAUGCAUUAACAAUAAAAAUGUUUCUGAUGAAAAAGAAUAUAAAGAAGCUAACUCGAAGAAAAUUUUCCGCGGUGAGAUACCAAAGCCAGCACCAAGAAAACCUGGGAAAAUUCAUGUUAGUUUUACUCCUAGGGUGUUUCCAACUCCCAAAAGAGAGUCUCAGGAAAAAGAAGAGCAGGAGUGGCUGAAGAAACAAUAUGAGGCAAGGAAAAAUGUGGGAUUUGUGGAAGAAGAUCUUCUCCCAGAAGAGAAGGACCCAGACUGGCUCAAACAAAAAGGAGACUCAUUUUUCCAAAUGGGUAAUUACCUGGGAGCAAUCAGUGCUUACAGUCAUGCCAUUAAUCUUGGAUUCAAAAUGGCUGCAUUGUAUUCAAACCGUGCUGCUGCACACCUGGCUGUUGGCAACGUGCACAAAGCUAUUGAGGAUUGCUCAGAAGCCCUUGAACUCCUCACACCACAUGUGUCCAUGAAUGCAGAAGCACGAGCUUGCUGCCACGCUCGAAGAGCAGCAGCUUUAUGUCGCCUUGGGCUGCUCCCACAGGGAUUGGCUGACCUAGAGGCUGCGUUACAACUGCAACCAGAAAAUGAAAAACUGUGGAAUGAUAUGAAACUUGUGAAGAAAGCAGUUGAAUCUCAGACACAAGAGACAUCUUCAGAUGAUGAUUAA